GACUAUGUUUGCUCGAAAUAUUCAACGUGCCUGUUCUUCUACUCUUACUUUAGACCUCAAAAGGAUUUUUUUUUUUUAAAAAAACACGAAGUUGCCAUGUAGAAGAGGGGCGAUCAUUCUUAGCGGUCACCAGGAGCUUUAGGUAUAAAGACGUAUCGAAGUCUAAUUAAGUGGGAAAAUAAUACAAAGUGACUUUGAUUGAGUAACAGUCAAUCUACUAAAUAGGUAAGAUGGCUUGUUCUAAACACAAUGAUCCUGAUUUAGCAGAUGGCAUUUGACAAAGCAGCAGUAAAUUGCUGUAUUGAAAUCUGUUUGUACAUUCGUACAGGUACAUGUAUAGUGUGAUGACUAAGCCAUCAGCAAAAUUCAAUCGAAAACACCAAGACUGAUGAAUGCUCAACUUCAACUCAAUUGUCGAUGCUUGAAGUCUUUAGCCAAAGUUUAAAAAAACUGCAAUAAUGCAUUACAUACGGCUUCUUAAAUCACCAACUCAGUCUCGCUCCGGGAAGAAGCACAUGCUGGAUCUGGUCUUUACAAUAACUACCGACCUAGGAGACUCAUUUUUAUAUCCAGACGAGCCAAUCAAUCUGACCAUCCAUGCCGAAAUACCAAGUGAUUCAGAUUCUAAAAAGAAAGAUUUAGUUGAUCUCUCUUUGAGGACAGGAAAAUUACAAUGGCGAUCUGGAAUGCGCGUUGCAAAACCUUCAGUUGACAUCUCUAGAUUGAUGCAACUGCCAUCAAAUUCCAAGAGCAAAGUCUCUAUAUGCAUCAGCACAGAGAGCUUUUCUGCGCGUAGCGUAUCCGACAUACUUGCUACUACAGCUGUUUCGGAGGAAGAAGAGCCAGCUGGACAAAUAAUGCCGGUCUGGAUUACAUUGGGCCACGCUGAAGCUGAGGUUGAAGUUUCUACAAGGAGGCUAUAUUUACCCGGAACUUCUGAGCAGGAGGAUUACGUCGAGCUUGAAGAGGAGAUUGGCGAGAGCAUUGCCAGGCAUAUUUGGGAUGCAGGAGUAAUUGCAUUCUGCGCAAUUGCCGAGUCAUGGAUAUUGCCAAUGCCAACGGAUACCGAACCUUCUGGCCUAAAGUCUUUGAAGAAGCUUUUCGCUGGCCCAAAACCUAUAAACGUUUUAGAGCUGGGAUGCGGCGUUGGAAUCCUGGGGGGAGGCUUGAGUGCUGUAAUACCAAGGAUGCGGCCGCCCCCCAGUCGCAGAUGCACAAUCCUCAUGACAGAUUUGGAGGGAGCAGAGAGUCGGACCAGGUCCAACAUGUCCCGGCUCCUCCAGGCCCGAAGAGCAAAGUCUAGCAGCAGCCCUCCCGUGAAGCUUCUAUACGAGAACCUUGAUUGGGAACAAGGUCGAAAGGGGGAGUUUGAUUUCGAGACACAAAACCACCGCUGGGAUCUCGUCAUGCUUAGUGACUGCACGUACAACGUGGAUAUGCUUCCCGCGCUGGUUGAAACGUUAUCUGCGCUGCACACAUCUAACAUGGCACAUGCGGCCGCUUCGUCCUCGUCAUCCGGUGAGGCGUCAUCCGGCGAGCAGUUACUUUCAACAAAAGUCUUCUUGGCCACAAAGCCGCGGCACGCUUCGGAAGAGGCCUUGUUUGACCUGUUAUCGCAAGAGGGAUGGACUGAGCUACAUAGACAGACUUUGCCACUGCCCGUCCUUGGCGCAGAGACGCAAUCUGUGGAACUGUAUCUCUACGAGAAACUGCAGUAGAGG